GAAGCACGCUUGUUUUGGUUUGGCAGACCUACGUGCAAAGAGAUAGGGUGCACACAGGACAGAAACAUAGCCUAUCUACCAGGAGCGGCAAUGAAGCGGGUGACUCGGCGCGAUUGCGAUGAUGCCCCUGUACCCGAGGAGCAGGAGACGGAGGGACAGAGGCAGCUCCAUAGCCUGCUCCUUCAACAACUCGACACUGGAGUCGACAUCGAUCGCUGCUUUGCGAAGAAGCAGUGCUUUGCUCCCGCCGCUUUCUACAAACCCUUUGGGGAGCAGGCUGCAGGGGUGAAGAGCCUGUCACAGUUCCAAGACCUGCAAGACAGAGAGACGGAGAUGGCCAGUUUGAGAGAGUUAGGGCUGAAUGAUGCUGAGAUUCAGCUAUGGAAGAACAGGGAUAAACAUGAGGCAUCUCAGAAGGCCCGAGGGGUGUGUGUGGAUCCUGCAGCAAGGCGUGAGCGGCUACAAGUCAUCCAAGAGAAGAUUGACGCCCGCGACCACCUUCUGUCCCGUCCACAGCGUCUGUCUGCCAGUCGGCCACUCUCACGGAGAGAAAUGGAGAUUGAGCGGGCACUGUUCCAGGGCACCGAUCGACAGGGAUUCCUCACUGCCCUCUACCAUCAAGAGGAAGAGCCUAGUUCAGACCAGCCAGGGUCUUCAGGAGCAGACACCAUGCACAUACUUUAUAAGGACUUCCUAAAGGAGGCAGAAAAAGAAGAACCUGCCCAACCAGCGAGUCACAAAAGUGCAAAGGAAAACCACUGGCAGGUUUCACAGAGCAGCCACUCUCAGUCUUGCCAUAACAGCAGCCAACCACGUGCAUCUGUUGACAAAAGAGCCCAGCCACCUUCUCACAGCAGCCAAGAGUUUAGUUAUUUAUUGAAUGUGAUGGAUAGAUGUGUAGACCAGCCAUCAUCGAUUCUGGACAGUUCAGCCUGCCAGCCACAGACUCAGGUCAACCAAAAGAUGAUUCAGAUCUCAGCUUCCAACAAAAAAAUGGAUGUGAGCCAGUCAAUUGGUGCUUUGAUUUCACCAACCAGUGCUGGAUCACAGCUAAAUGGGCCAGUGACAGUCACUGGCCACGUGGAGCUUGUCCCUGAGGAGGAAAUCCUGAAAAACAAGGAGACGGUGGAGGGCAUCAGAGGAAUUCCUCGCUUUCAGAACUACCAGCCAGGAGAGCCAUCUAAUGUGCUGUAUGUGAAGAACCUUAGUCCACGGGCCACUGUGGCACAGCUUGUGUCGCUUUUCUCCCGGUUCCAGCACUCUGACCGGCCACCUAUCCUCUACCGCCUCCUCACUGGAAGGCUCAAAGGACAGGCCUUCAUCACACUUUCAGAUAAGGAGAGUGCACAAGCGGCUCUGGGACUCUUGCAUGGCUACCGGCUUCUAAACAGGCCACUGGUGAUUGAGUUUGGCAGAGAGAAAAAAGCCUGCAAGGAGGACAUGAAAGAAGUUGUCCAACCAGAUACUCCAACAUGACUGGUAGAAGAGAUAUUGAACUGAAACAAGACAGCAAACAUAUUUUCUAUGUUCCAUGUACAAGAGGUGUAUCAUAAUACAAUAUUUUUGAAAUGUAAUGGUGUAAUUUGCCCAUAAAUUGACAGUCUGUGCACAGGUGUAAGUGCCCAAGAUCAUGCUGUUAUUCUGUCUUGUAUUAACAAGAAAGAAAGAUGACAGCAUCCAGCUCCCAUUGUUACCACAAAAGAGAUGGCACUGUCACAGCAGACUCAUCUCUAGAGUCAGUAAGGAUUUCAAAGGUGAUGGCUUUAAGGUGCUCUAAACAAUUUAGUUUAAAUUGUUGAUUGAUUAGCAACAGAUUGUUGGUGUUGAUGUAGUGUCAAAAACAUCUGUGUACUGUAUGGCCCAAAUAUAUAUUACAUGUAUUA